GGGGGAUCUUGGCAUUGUCCUGACACGUAUAGUGGAUGCGAAGGAACUAAUUGAAUUAUGCGUUCGAGUCUUUCUUGUGCGUUUUGCCGAAAAUCUAAAAUCAAGUGUGUAAAUUCCGGUAGCUCUCCUUGCCAAAAGUGUCAGAAAUCGCAAAUUCCCGGUUGCAUCCUUUCUAGGCCGCGACAUGUGGCCACCCGAGUUUCUAGGAGGCGAGGCCGUAGUAACACGGAUCACAAAGAUCAUGAGGAGCCAUCAGGGCCACGGCCAGUCUCACCAAGCCAUGAAGAGAGCAGAGCAGAGCUAUUUUCAGAUUGUCUCGGAGGAGAUUCGGACAUCUCACGGACCGAUGAGCAUCUCGCCAGCCUUCCGACAGGCGUGAUCCUCAAGUCUUUGAAUGUUUUCACUAACAAGUUUCCGGAGUUGGGGAUUCUACAUCUUCCGACACUCAUGCAAGCAUUCGAACUAGGUUGCUCCAAGGAGACGAAAGUUUUACUGAGUGCCAUACUUCUAGUGACGAAAAGCCAACUGUCGUUUCUCAACCCCUCUUGGGCAAGUAGUUUACUGUCCGGGAAAGAUUAUGAGUUCUAUGCCCGGCAGGCUCUCUCUGAGUUCAUUCUUCAACCGCCAAACAUCCAAGUUGUCCAGGCGCUUCUCAUAAUGACUCUCUAUGAGUGGGGAGGCCGGAACUUCCAUAAGGCCUGGGUUUACUGCGGUACGUCGCUAAUUGAGAUUGACGUACAUCAUGGUUAAUACAAAGGACAGGCAUCGCUAUUCGGAUCAUGC